AUGAUAAAAUACCCAUUAAUUAUUUUACUAUCAACCUUUUUAAUAUUGGUGGUUCUCUUUCAAGAAGGAGGACUAUGUUUGGCAUCACCAACACAAACUUUAGAUUGUCAAUCAUGUUUAUUGAAUGCUCAAUUAAGAUAUGGACAAUAUCUAUUGCCAUGUGAAGAAUUUUGUACCCCAGAUUAG